AUGGGAGAUAGAAGACGAGCUGAAAAAGCGUCUGUGACUAUGAAAUGUUAUGGAUUUUUUGGGGAAGCAAAGAAAAAUCAAGCAAAGACCCUCUUCAUUCGCAUAAUCGUAGUUCUUGAAGUCACUAAUGAAGUAUCCGUUGUGGAAGUAUCCGAUUACACGUUGAAAGAAAAAAAUAUCAGUUUUCUAUAA